UAUAUCAUGGGCACAGGCUUAUAACUUGAACACAAUUAUACUGUCACUAGUGUCUAGUAAUCUGUCCGUGACUGUGGUCAGUGCCGGCGUGAUGGUGUCGCGACUGUUGUGUUUCUUGUGCGUGCUGGUGGCAGUUACAGGGAUCACAGAUGAGCAAUACUACUCCAUGCCACGGCUCUUCGAGCUGGACGACUACGAUGAGUGUCAGGCCUCGCGCGGUGCCUUCUGUGUCGGCUCCUUCCACCUCUCCUCGCAGAAGUACAACCGCCUCCUCAAUAUGAUACAGACCGUCUCUGAAGACAAGCACAAGUUCAACCACACGGUCAUCCACCGUGGCUACUGCGUGACCAAGACGUGCGCUCACAUCUCUGGCGAAUUCCUCCCUGAGAUUUUUGAAGAGUGUGUCCACAACCUCACGAAAACGAAAUACAAGUUGGACGCGAAACUACUCAACUUGGACAACUGCAAGACCAGCACGAGUUCUCCUAAAAUGCCUUUGGAUGUAUAUGAUCUCAUAUUCGCGAGUAUCACUGGCCUCAUAUUAAUAGCCAAUUUAGUUGGGACAGCAUAUGAACUACUUCGUAGCUCGGAUGAUAAACCAAAUCGCUUCCUGAUCGCGUGGUCGCUGAUAAGUAACUGGAGGCGGCUGACGGCUAACUAUGACAAGACAGACUCCCGGUUUGAUGCGCUCACGCCGGUGCAUGGAAUGAAAGCGAUCACACUCGUUUUUGUGAUUCUAGCGCACUCAAUCAUAGCCCAUCACAUGACGUAUAUACACAACCCACGGUUCCUGGAAAAGGGAAUUACCCAUCCCCUAUCAAUACUCCUUUACAACGGGACCACUGUGGUCCAGACCUUCAUCAUCCUGUCGUCCUUCCUGCUGGCCUAUAAUGUGAUGCUAUCGCUGGAUACUGAUCCCAAGAAGAAACUGAACAUCCAAAUAUGGGGGCAGAUGAUACUCCACAGGAUCGUGAGGAUAAUGCCAUUGAACAUGUUCGUGAUGGGUCUGACUGCAACGUGGUGGCGCUUCUCCAGCGACGGUCCGCUCUGGUCCUCGCUGGUGGAGGCGGAGAGCGCACGCUGCCGUCGCAAGUGGUGGACGAAUGUACUCUUCAUUAAUAACCUCGUCGGCCCUGAUGAUAGAUGCCUGAUACAGACUUGGUUUCUAGCAGUUGACAUGCAACUCUACGUAAUAACCUCUCUGCUACUUAUAUUCUUGGCACGAAAACCGCAAAUCGCGAUAAAAAUUCUGGCAAGCCUGUUUGUGAUCGCUAUAAUUGCCAACUACUACUUGGCCUACUACUUGGAUCUGAAGUCUAUCCUCUUCAUUGCUCGUCCCGAACUCAUCCGAGCACAAUACACCGGAGUGCCGUCGUUUAACUGGCAGUACGCGGCGGCGUGGGGGAGUCUGCCUGCCGCGCUGCUCGGCCUGCUGCUCGCGUUCCUGCACCGCGCUCUCACCACAAGUGGCUACCAACUCCAACAGAACAAAUGCUACCGCGUGCUGUACCGCUUGUCUGUGCCGAGUAUUCUGCUAUGGAUAAUGUGCGGAUACUUCGUCAGGGACUCAUCUUCGAAGACCUUAGUCACGCUCUACACGGCGUUCGACCGGCCCGUCUUCUCCAUCAUCAUGGUCAUCGCCAUGUUAGGAUUCUUCUUAAAAAUUGAUCGUAUUUACUGGCAGGUGUUGACUUGGCGGAUAUGGCAGAUCCUUAGCCGAAUGUCGCUGUCCGUAUUCCUCGUGCACUGGUGUUACAACCUGACAUUCCUCGCUAUCAAGACGAACCUCGCUCGUGUAUCGGUGUUCGAAAUUGGCGGACAUAUCUUCACUUCAAUAGUUAUGACGUACGUCACGUCUCUGCCACUCUACCUCAUGGUGGAAAUCCCGGCACAGAAGGUAUUACAGACGCUAUAUACUUCAUAGCGUUCAUGUAGAACUGCAAGUAGUGAUGAUAGGAUACACCAGCGUAAUAAUGUUUGUUUUCAUAAUAUUAGUAUAAGAGAUAAAUAUGCUGAACAACGACUAUAAUAAUUGUAAAUAUGUUUUAUAUAACAGUCUUUAGUUACCGCCCUCUUAUCACCGCCAAACGUCAAUUUGCAUUGCUGUGUAAGGGUGAGUGAGCCAGUGUAAUUACAGGCACGAGAGACCUAACAUCUUAGUUCCUAUGUUUGGUAGCGAGUGUCGAUGUAAGUAAUAUUUUAUAUUCGUUCGUUGCCGCCUGUGGAAGAUUUCAAACUA